AUGAAUGACAUCAAGUUGGCUCUGCUGGGGAGCGAGGGUGCUGGAAAAACAGCUGUUCUGGUGAGAUUCCUGACAAAACGUUUUAUUGGAGAAUAUGCUUCCAGUACCAAUUCUUUGUACCAUAAAAGGCUGUCAACUGAUGGGAGACAGUUAAACUUGGAUAUAUUCGAUCCAUGUUCACAGGGUGGAGGCAGCAGAUGUAUCCUGGAGGAGCCUGUGCACUGGGCAGAUGGAUUUGUGGUGGUAUACGACAUCAGUGACCGAAUGUCCUUCCUCCAUGCCAGAAGCAUCGUGCGGCACAUCAAAGAGACCCGAGAGGAGAGCUGCAAGGGAUUGGUGGACGUCCCAGUCUUUCUGGUGGGGAACAAGCGGGACCUGUGCAGUGCUCGGCGGGUAAGGGAGGAGGAGGGCCAAUUUGUGGCUCAGGAAAACCGCUGCAACUUCCAGGAGGUGUCUGCAGCAGAAGACUAUGCGGAGAUAUCCAACCUCUUUACAAAACUCAUUCGCCAUGUGAUGGAGCACCUUAAGCAACGUGCGGAGCGCAGAAGAUACAGUGGCUCCAAGUCCAUGGCCAAACUCAUCAAUAAUGUGUUUCGUAAAAGGCGACAGUCUGUCUGA